ACUUCUGACCCUUUAUCGGCCACCGCCUUCCUAUCGCGCACUUCACAUCCCGGCGCUGCUCAUCGUUCACAUAUUUUACACUGUAUUCGUGAGCUCUGAAGCAAGAUGCUCUGGGUCUGGUGUGUGACGUUGCUUGCGUCCAGUGCACUAGGCUGCGAGUUGGUUCCAGGAGAUGGGGGUGGGCCAAAGUCUCCAGGAGACAACUUCUAUCGACUUAUAAUCAAUGGGGACGUGGAGAGAUAUGCACCUGAUCAGAGAUAUGUUGUAACACUCGUUGGCUCUCGCACUCACGAUGUAGUGCAACAGUUCACUAGAUUCCAGUUGACGGUCGACCCGCUAGAUCCAGCUGCUCCGAGAAGUCCUCAUAAACAAGGCCAGUUCCAGCUCUUUGCGGACACUCUCACUAAGUUCGAUGAGGAGUGUGUUAACUCUGUGAUAGAAGCUGACGACCUGCCCAAGACAGAGGUGCAGGUCAUGUGGAAGGCGCCACCAGCUGGUUCUGGAUGCGUGAUUCUAAAGGCAAUGGUAUAUGAGAACGCGAGCCGCUGGUACGCGGAGGAUGGGCAGCUCACACGUCGCGUUUGCGAGGACACGUCGGUGUCUGCGCCCGACUGCUGCGCCUGCGAUGACGCCAAGUAUAGGAUGGUGUUUGAAGGACUCUGGAGUCCGCAGACGCACCCUAAGGACUUUCCCGUGCAAGCGUUAUGGCUCACUCACUUCUCUGACGUAAUCGGAGCGACGCAUCGCAAGAAUUUUACUUUCUGGGGUGAAGGCGAAAUUGCUACAGACGGCUUUAGGUCGCUUGCGGAGUGGGGCUCCGUGGGCUUGCUGGAGCGCGAGCUGCGGCAGCGCGGUGCCGUGCUGCGCUCCGUGGUGAAGGCGGCGGGGUUGUGGCACCCGCGUCUCAAUCAGAACACUACUGCUUCUUUCACCGUCGAUCGCAAGCGCAAUUACCUCUCACUCGCUUCCAUGUUUGGACCAUCUCCAGACUGGGUUGUGGGUGUGAGUGGAUUAGACCUAUGCAACAAGGACUGUACUUGGGUGGAAUCGAAGGUCAUCGAUCUUUUCCCCUACGAUGCUGGUACUGACAAUGGUAUUUCAUACAUGUCUCCAAAUUCAGAAACAGUUCCUCGUGAAAAGAUGUACCGCAUCACGACCAUGUACCCUGAAGACCCUCGUGCCCCAUUUUACAAUCCGGAUAAGAAAGAGAUCAAUCCCAUGGCUAGACUCUAUCUGACUAGAGAAAAGCUGAUCUCCAGAUCGUGUGAUGAAGAGACGCUGCAAAGCUUAGUGAUUGAAGAAACUGAAAAUACUGAAUCUGCUAACAGACCUGAGUGUGCGGUGACGGAAUGGGAGUCUUGGUCGGCGUGCUCGGUGACGUGCGGUAAGGGGCUGCGUAUGCGCACGCGCCAGUACCGUAUGCCGGAUAAAGCCCGCAUGUUCGCGUGCGACCGGCAGCUCGUCUCCAAGGAGAUGUGCGUCGCAGAUGUACCGGAGUGCGAAGACGAUGGUGCAAAUGAAGCCGAACCAGACGAUUUAGAUGUAGCACCAGUUGAAGCUGGUGGUAUCUGUGAGACAUCAGAGUGGGGCGUCUGGAGCGAGUGCUCGGUUACGUGCGGCGUCGGUAUCAGCACGAGGAGACGGUAUUUCAUUAACCAGAUGGGCAUAAAAAAAUGUCCUUUGGUGGCACUUGAGGAGAACCGUAAAUGCAUGGAGCCGCACUGUACGGAGGCGGAUUUGGAGUCAGAUAUCUCGGAUCCAACGUGUCCCACGAGCGAAUGGGCAGCGUGGUCGCCGUGCUCGGCAUCGUGUGGGCGCGGCGUGCGUUUCCGCACUCGGUUGCUGUUGGUGCCGGCAGAUCGCCAGCAACUUUGCUCCACACGUGUUGAGCUACUGCAGCAGCGCCCGUGUGUGGAGCGAGAGGACUGCACCAUUGACAUGAUGACGGCGAAACGUAUCUGCAUGGAGCCUCCUGAGCAGGGUCCGUGCCGCGGGCUUUACCAGCGCUGGGCAUUCGCAGCGCAGAAAGGCAUGUGCGUGCCCUUCAACUACGGUGGCUGUCGCGGGAACAGGAACAACUUCAUAUCGCAACAAGACUGUCUCGAUACAUGCAGCGUUAUACUCGGCGGAGCAGCCGGACAAGCCGCGGUGCCUCAAACUGGCCAGACCGCAGCCAGUAGCCGCAACUCUCUUGGUGUCAGCGAAAACUCCAUCAAUCUCGGAGCGCCAACUAUCAAUGGUAAUGAAGGGUCCUCGCAGUCAGCCGACUGUCAGUUGAGUGACUGGAGCGGGUGGAGCCGCUGCAGCGUCACGUGUGGUAUCGGUUACCAGGAGCGCACAAGGACGAUACUGUCUCAGCCGGGUCCGGGCGGCGCGCCUUGUCCCACGCGUCUCUCGCGACGACGUCGAUGCUCGCGUGUGUGUUAGCGUCGCGUGCAACAAUGACUGCAGCGUUCGUCUGACCACUCAUUACAAUCACUCUACCAAGAAUAUUAUUCAGUUACCAUAAUCGAAGAGUGGCUUCUACUUAAUACUCAUUUGUUUAUAUUUUUAAGAAAUACAUAAAUAUGUUUUAGCAGGAAA